AUGAGCUCACUAUCAGAUAAUACUUCCUUUUCAAGCAGCUCAACACCCUCCACCUCAUUCUUAGCAACCAAUUCGCAUCGAGAAUCACUAAUUUUCGAUGACUCGUCGAGCCUUCAACAACUCGAGUGUCCUAUAUGCAACGAGACAAUGAUUUCUCUACGCCAGCUCAACCAACAUCUCGACGACCUCCACGGCGACACGUCCGUCGACCAGAAAGACGGAAUACUGAACUGGUUCAAAAAUGCACAGAGCACCAUUGGAAAACAACUCUCGAAAACGACUCCGCUUGCGAAAAAUAAACUAUCGAGCAUCUCGAAGGAUUUGUCGCAGACAGUAAUCAGCAAGUUUAGUGAACUUGAUGUUGGGGCUGUGCUUGACGAGCAGCCGGACUAUGUUACGAAGGCGCACUGGCAAAAAGAGAGUGAGCAUGAUUGUUGUUCGAGCGCGGGUUGUGACAAGAUGCUGAAUCUAAAACACGGGAGGCAGAAUUGUAGAAAAUGUGGAAAACUAUUUUGCGAUUCUCACUGCCAAUUGCAAAUGCGUUUAAAUAAACAGGCACAGCAUGAUCCAGUUGACGGAUUAUGGUGUAGAGCGUGUGAAGAUUGCUAUCAAUCGCGAGAGGGAUAUCUGGAUACUCGAGGUGUUGUCAGAACACAUACAGCAGCUUUUGUCAAAGCUCGUCAUAAAGGUCUAGAAAAAGCACAUUUGGAAGGGAAUCGAUUGGAGAAAAGACUUGAAAAACUUGCUAGAUUAUAUGCAACACCUGCAAAACCUGUCAUUUCUGGCAACCCGAGUUUAACUCCUCCAUUACCCACCUUGAAACAUCGACGAAGAGCUUCUGAACAGUCGAUUGUAAAAUGGGAGGAUGAUGCUUCCGUGACAAAUUGUCCUAUUUGUGGAAAUUCAUUCGGCAAAAUUACAAAUCGUAAACACCAUUGUCGGUUGUGCGGGCGAGUUAUCUGUGAAAAAUGUUCAUCGAAAGUUUCUCUGAAUCUAAAUAAUUGCAGUUCAGAAUCGGAACAAGAUUCAGUAGGUGAAGUUCGUGUCUGUCGAGAAUGUCGAACUGCAGUAUUCAGGCAUGUAAAAAUAUCGCGUAAAGAAUAUAAUGAUGAAAUAGCGAAACAACCACAUAUUGUCUUGCUGUAUCAGAAAUUAACGAAAAUUCGGUUCGCAAUCGAUGCUACUUUACCUAAAUUUCAGGAUAUGCUCGAUAUGUUACAGAACAAAGAAAUUGUGAAUCAGACACAUGCAGAUUAUCAACUUGCAGCUCGAACACGCAAAGAAUUACUAGAAAAUUUUGCACAAUUUGAUUCCAUCAGUAAAAAAAUCAACGCGUUACCAAAAGCGAAUGACUCAGAAAAACGCGAGGAGAAAAUCCGACAGCAAGUGGCGGUGUUGGUGGAACAGAAGAAAUUAGUCGAGGGUUAUAUUCAAGAGGCGUCAAAGAAAAGAAAGAUUGAUGAUGUUAAGACAUUGAAGGCGUCUCUUGAUGAAUUAGAAAUAGAGAUUAAUAAAAAGAAGAAAGAACUUGGCGAAUUGUGGUGA